AUGGAUCCCCUUUCAAUUGCAGCCGCCGCUGCGUCCAUCAGUUCUACCUGUUUAACGCUAGCAAAUACAAUAUACGAGUAUGUAAAGGAAGUCAAGGACGUGGACCAGGCUAUAUUGCUUUUUGGAAAGGACUUGAAAACUCUCUCUCAAGCCUUACUAAACGUGGAUACCGCGCUGAAGGACAACGCUGUGGCACUUACUGCCACUCUUGGUAGUGAUAUUAAGUUAUUAGAUUCCCUGGAAGCGUGUAUACAGGAUUGUGGCGAAACAGUCGAGCGGAUUGGACAAAUCCUCGAGGAAACUCAAACCCAUGGCCGAGUAGGAAAUGUCAUUCGCCGCCCAGCCACACAUUGGAAACUCAAGGACAAGCAACAAGAGCUGGGGCUCCUUCGCGGUCGGGUUAUCUCUUUCCACACUGCGAUGAACAUGAGCCUCCAAAUGAUCCAUAUCUGCAUCAUCCUACAUGUUCAAAACAACCAGGAAAGCCAGCACGAUGAUGUGCUAAAGGGGAUUGACCAACUGCGGAGACAGAUCAAGAAACUCACAAAAAUGGCCCGAGACAAUGACUCGGAUAGUGAAAGUCUACCAGCCACGGUUCAGCAGUGUCUCGACUAUGCUAUUGCCCUCGAUACGACCGCUAGCACAGCAGUCGACGACAGGCAAUCUUCUAUUCUUGGCGCCAUGACCCAGGCCCCGUCGGAGAAGGUCCAAGGGUGGAUGCGAAAUAGCCACAGUUUCGAACCUCCGAUUUCCAACCCGGCCCUCACCGAGAUCUCCGAAGGAGAUGAAAAAUCCACCAUUGGCCCUUCUGUUUCCCUGACCAACGUGCCUUCCAAGGUCACUGAGGAUACUUCUAUCCAGUCAUCGUCUCAUUUGGAAUGGUCCAAGGCCGAGCUCCAAAAGUCUCGAGUUCUGUCUGAAGCAGGCCGCUCUGAGGCGGCAAAAUCACUAUGUCGAAAGGUCAUCCACGAGUCUGAAUUUGCCACUGGAACCAAUUCCCCGGGUUAUCGAGACGGUAUUUUGCUUCUCGCCGACAUCCACGAGCAGAACGGCGACGAAAGUGAAGCAUACGAAGUCCGAGAGGUGCUUCGUCCCCAAAGACAUGUAGAAAUGAGAAAUCAGUUCAAGGAACUGCUCCAAAAGAAGGACUCAGAGAUGUGCAUCGAAUUCGCAAUGAGAGAGGCAGCAUUGUUGCAUCAUAUUAAGUCAAUACGACAAUAUCGAGAAUUUGUAAGCAAGCUGUCAUUUGAUGGUGAAUUCUCUGAAGCAAAUAUUCUCAUCGUCCUUGCCGCAACUGGGAACAGCGUUUUGGUGCAGUUGAUGCUGAGUCGUGGAGCUUCGCUAGACACGAAAGUUGAAAUCGAGGACGCGGUAACUGACAAAGUGACGGCACUCAGUUGUGCUGUCCAUUUCAAACACAAAUAUUUGGUCGCAACCAUUCUCGAGUACUCACCAGAGUCUGCUACAACGGAUUUAUCAGUUGUGGAUCUCGAGAGGAUCAUUUUAAAGCGUGAUAUUGAGAUGUUACGCUUGAUCUUUGACCCUAUGCCAAAGCGCUUGGGCGCCAAGCGCAUAACGAAUGACUGCAUGAAGAAUGUUCUGCUGGGCCGUCAUUUUAAGGUUGCCGCAGUUCUAUUUGAGAACGGGGCAAGCACUACUAUUAAAUUUGAUCAGCAUCACACGAUGCUUCGACACGCAGUUGAGUCCAGUGAUUACAAGUUGGCCGAGUUUCUGUUGAAACAUGGAGCACCAUCCCUCGCCGAGGCGAACCUGAAAGAUAGGAAGUCUAUUAUACCUCCACGGGCUAUUAUUAUGGCGUCACGGGCAUCUAAUGGCGAAUGGAGUACGGCGAAAUGCCUACCUCUUCAGAGGGCAGUGGUCAAAGGAGAUUUGAAAAUGACAAGCCUCCUACUCCAAUAUGGUGCAACCCGAUGUUUGUAUCCUAUAUCGAAGCAGGCCGUGUCUGACACAAACAUGACUCCAAACUGUGACCCAGUUAAUAUUGCGAUUACGAACGAAUCACUUGAAAUGCUGAAAUUGCUGGUAACGGAAAGUGCUCAUAUUUCGCCCUUUGCCGCGGAAUUAGCUUUCCUGUCUUCAUGGGUGCCAGGGAUCGAACACUUCGAAUCUAUCAAUCCGUCAUACAUCCCUUUCACCAAACUCCAAACGUUGGGGGAAAACGCAGCGAUAUCAGCAAUCAAGUCACAAUCACUUGGAAAGCUUCAACACUGCGUUAAAGAGAAAGCACAUAUUACUCGUGGUAUAGUCCACGAGGCAUGUUCAGUUGGUUGGGCGACUGGAUUGAAGCACUUGCUAUCUAUUGAUAGUUCACAUGCUGAUGCCGCACUCUUCAUAGGUGGCUGCACUAGAGAAGAUAACACCGGGGUUCUUCAGGUCGCGCUAAGCUUUGGUGGAGACCCUAAUUAUGAACAAGAUACCGCGCCUCAUUUUGCUUUAGAGGAAGCAGCAAAAAAAGGACGCUCACCAAACGUGAGAUUCCUGUUGCUAAAUGGCGCUCUUGUUAACAAAUAUCACACGAAAGACCCAUUCAAGAGAACUGCUCUUUAUUCGGCCGUCGAGAAUGCUAAAAAGAAAGAUGGUUCUGAUCUAGUUCACUCAGGGUACCUCCGGGUCAUCUCCCUUCUCGUGCAAGCAGGUGCAAGCACAGACCGAGUGACAGUGAAAGGAAUGAGCGUGCUUAGUUCUAGACGCCGCAAGCUCGCAUCGGCCCUAAGAGGGGAAUAUUACGGAUGA